AUGGACCGGUCUUGGAGACUCGUUGCAAUCGCAGGCUGCGCCUGCGCGCUUUUCCUGGUUGGCUGCGACCAGGCGAACACUGACGUGGGGCCCACGUUCCUGUCUUCGUCGUCUACGUCUACGUCACGUGGAGCUGGAGAGACCACGACUCAGACGACCACCGCGGCAGAUGGCAGCACAAGCGCCACAAGCACCGGAGUAGAUCCAGGCACAGAUCCUAGCACCACAUCCGCAGGAGAUGCAGGCACAGGUGGGACGAGCAGCACAAGCAGCACAAGCAGCAUCAUGCUGGAGCCCCGCUCACCAGCAGGCGAUGCUCAAUUCCUGAUGCAUGCGAGCUUCGGUCCCACUCGAGCAAGCUUGGAUGAGCUGCAGUCCACGGACCAUGAAGCAUGGAUCAAGCAGCAGAUGGCCCUGCCAGCCACUCUGCUGAGGAGCCGAUACAGGCAGCGUGCGAACCCUGCGGCCAAAGAGGAGAAGCAACCGGGCGUGCCGCGCACACCCUGUGAGAAGGGUUCGCGUUGGCAGCAAGUGACACUCAGCCACGACGAUAUUGGGAAACCAAUUGCUGUUACCAGCAGCAAGAUCUUCGUCUCGGGCAGUUUCCGCACUGAUCUCGACUCCAACCAUGCAUUGAACGGUCUCAGCGCACCGCAGUCAUGUGGCUCAGUUCCCAAGUCGAACUGGGCGAAUGUCGGGAAGAGCUGCAGCUCAGAGGUGUCGAAGUGGAGAUGCAGAAACAACGUGGACUGGACAGCCGAAAAACUUUGCCAGCAGGAGUGCUUUGAUCUUGGCUAUGGGUAUGAUGGCGACGACUGCUCACAGGGCUGGCCCGCACUCGACACCCUCAACUUCGAUGGUUACGUCUGCUCGGUGGAGCCAGCGGCGAUGGUUGGAAGCCAGGUGACCCUUUCUACGUCCCAAGCUUGCAACAACAUUGUGGUGAUGCUGAAUCCCGGCAUCCACGUGCUCGGCCUGCUUGCAACGUCUGCCUCCUUCUCAUCGGUGCGGUCAGGCGUCAUCACUCUAAGCCAGCCGCCAGUUCCUUGCGAUUUUGGCGAUUUCAUCAAGGUGAACAACUUGGCUUACCGCUACGACUCCCGCUUAAAACUGGUGGAUGUCCAAGCUCCAUCGGAGGAGACCUGCGUGGCCGUCCCCAAGACCCAACUAAACGUGGACCAGUGUGCCGUUCAGGCUGGCCGUGUUUGCAAUGUGGCGCAAGCGACCUCGGCCACCUUGAUCCUGAAUACCAGCAGCCUCGAGCUGAUCUCGACGCAGACAAGUAGCUACGUCUACUCUGUUUCCGGCCUCCAGGCUGACACCGGGCCAUGCGGCACGCUCUCUCGAUGGAAGCAGCUGGACUGUGGGGCAGUGGACUGCACGCCAAGCUCGCUGGAUUCAGCCGACCUUGCACUCAUUGUCGGUGCUCUGGGGCAGAAGCAGGGGGAGUAUCGAGAUAUUUUCGUGACCUGCGCCACCAACGUGGCUUCCGGCUCCGUGGUUUCUGUGAGUGGUGUGGCCUUCGGACAUAGCCAUGUGCAAGAAGGUAGCGUUUUUGAUUUCUCGACUUGGGUCAGUGAGCACCCUGGUGGUGCUGCGGCCAUUACGAAGUGGGCGAGCAGUGGUUAUCAACUUGUUUAUCCCGCCAGCCAUCCGAUGUCCCGUUUUGAAUCGGCACUGGCCGACAAGAAGCUUCACUACGUGGGGACUCUCGGGGAGGAGAUCAGAUAUCUGAGUCUUCCGACCACUCUCCAGUCAGAGACCCUGGCACUGGCCCUCGCGCCUCAGUCUUCGGAGGACUUUUCUCUGGCAUGCCCUUCGCCUGGUGAGAGCUCCAACAAGCCGGAGCUCGGCAACAACAUGCCCUUCUUCAUGUUCUUUGAAGGCUUCAGCAACGCAGAGGUGGACUUGGACAUUGAUCACCCAAGCAAGGAUUACGAUGCCAAGUCCCGGUAUGCGCGCACCAACGCCUGGAUUAACCAGGCGAUCACUGCGCCAGACCAGCUCCGUCAACGUGUUGCGUGGGCCUUGUCCCAGAUUUUGACUGUGGGCACCGGCGGCUUUACGUACUUCUUUCAGUUCGAGAUGUGGGUCAACUACUACGACAUCCUGGUACGGGGUGCCUUUGGGAACUAUUUGGAUUUGCUUCGCGAAGUCACCUUGAGUCCUCUCAUGGGCGAGUAUCUGUCCUUCUUCAGGAACUCAGCUUUCGACCAUGACCAGAAUUAUCCAGAUGAGAACUAUGCCCGGGAAGUCAUGCAGCUCUUCACGGUGGGGACAGUGAAGUUGAACCCGGAUGGUUCCGAAGUCCUUGUCGGGGGCAGCCCUGUCCCCACGUACGACAAUGAGGACAUCAUGACCUUCGCCAGCGUCCUCACGGGCUUCGACCGGCAGCUGAUGCGAAGCAAUUUGGAAGUGGUGAAAGGCUCCACCGGCAGGAACAUCAUCGAUCCUAUGCAGAUGAAAGCCGAUUGGCACGAUGCCUAUCCAAAAAUGGACUUGGACGGCAACUACCUCGGCGAUGGAUAUCCCCUUUGCGAAGACCUGCCUCAGGACGCGUUCCUUUCGAGCGGCGCGCGCUUUGAGUUCCUUAGCAGCCACUAUGGGUCCAACGACGCACUGAUCCUCGACAGCGCGUCGCCUUUGUACCAGGCCCUCUGUUCCCCCGAUGGUUCCGGAGCAUGCAGCUUUCAGGCAUCCGUCCUGCUCUCCCAGGAUCUGUCCUGCCAUGGAGAUGAGUGCGAUGCCACACUCCCGAAUGCUGUCAAGGUUGGCGCUGCGUACUACGAGUUCGUGCCUCCUGCCUGCGUGCAUCUCUAUUUCCACAACGGCAAGAUUGCCACGGAUGGAGGGGACAAGCGGGACUUUUCCAGCAAGAUCAUGUGCACAAACCCUGGGACCUUUGCUGGAGGUAGCUACUGUUGUGACGGCUGCACCAAUAUCCGGCCCCCGAGCUGGGUGCCGGAUAAGUUUUGUGAGAACCAGUCGAGCUCCAGUUUCCCCAGCAAGUGUAUCAAUGCCAACGUUUGGCUAAAUAACAAGUACUGCGAGCAGCGCUGCUUUGAGGAGGGCUAUGGCUAUGGACGGGAAUGUACACAGGCGUAUCGUGAGGGUCACAAGUGUGGCUUCUACCAGGAGAAGGUGAGCUAUGCCAAAGCAGUCAGCUACUGCAACAGUCUGGGGCUGCAGAUCUGCGAUAGGCAGACUGGCUUGACCACCUGCGGCUACAACGACGAUGAUGCUCGCAUCUGGACGCAGGUCAAUUGCAGCAUCAAUGUGUCCGUGGAUGAUGCUGGCAAAGUUACCUCGCAGAAGGAUGAGGACACGAAGAUGAAUAAGAUCCGUGUCAGCUGGGUUGACAGUCUACAGCCCGACGUCACCGCCUGCCCCGCAGAAUGCAGCAGCGCGGCGACUUCAUGCGUUUGCCCAAUCUCUGUCGAGCUUCAGGCUGCCUUUGACAGGGUUCCCACUGUGCAAGAGCUGCAGCAGCUGAAGAUCGGUGCGUUUGCUCCAACCGGUGCUUGUGCCAGCUGUGGGGAUGUCAAGGCGUACCACGCCGGCGUCAUCGACGAAGCAACCAUCUUCGAAUACCAAGGCAAGUACUACAAGAAUGUACAAAGCCUGGUGCACGUGGCGGGCAAGAGCUUCCGAAACCCUCCCUUGUUCGGGUUCACUGAGACUCCCAGCUCCAGAUCAUCUAUGUGGGAGGUGGAGAGCAUGCUGGAGCACUUGGUGUCUCAUCCAAACACGCCCCCGUUCAUCGCUCUUCGUCUGAUCCAGCGCCUGGUGAGCUCAAACCCAAGCUCUGGCUACUUAUCUGCCGUGGCCGAGGCCUUCCGGACCGGGGCCUAUGGGGACGAGACAUUCUCGGGCCGCUAUGGGGAUCUGGCCGCGGCCGUGGCGGCCGUGCUCCUUCAUCCAGAAGCCCAAGCCUCUAUCGACACGCGGGGAGCAUUGCGCGAGCCGCUCGUGAAGAUUGUGCACUUCCUGCGCGCGAUGGAGUUCGUCGACGCGGCUGGACGGGAGCUCCUGUUUCAGGAGCUGCAGGACCUCCUUGGCCAGGCGCCCUUCAUGUCGCCCUCCGUCUUCAACUUCUACCGCCCGGAUUUCCAGCCGAGCGGCCUGGGCGGACUCGUUGCCCCCGAGGCUCAGAUCUUUGAGGGCUCCACCGUUGUGAAUUUCAUCAACGGCAUGCUCUCUUUGAUCAAGCAUGGAGGGGUCACAGCUUGUGAUGGGGGCUUUGGCCUGGAGACGGAUGCCUGCAACCAGAGCUCCUUCACAAAGACUUGGGGCUCCAGCUCCAGCCCUACCGACCCAACUGGCAUUCUGGAGGAGCUGAACCUGCUUCUCACAGGUGGCCGCCUCACUAACCACUCUCAGCAGGUGGCCGAGGCGGCUUUUCAGAAGGAAGGGGUCCAGGCCAUGCAGGAGGCGAUCGUCUUGGCUCCGGAGUUCAAUGCCCUUGGAGAUCCCAAGCCACAGGGCCCGCGGAGCAGCAGCGCCACAACUGCAACGCCGCACGUGCCGGCCUCCUACAAGGCUCUGAUCAACUUGUACUUGGGUGGAGGGGCGGACACCUUCAACCUGGUGGUCCCUAUCGACUGCGCGCUGAAUUCGGAAUACCAGUCAGUCAGGAAGUCGGCAGCCAUGCCAAAUGCCAACCUGCUGGAAGUCAGCACGUCCGGGCAGACCUGUAGCAAAUUCGGCGUCCACUACAAGCUUCCUGCGCUGCAUGCCCUGUACCAGGAAGGGCGAGCAGCCUUCAUCAGCAACGUCGGCUCCUUGGUAGAGCCGAUGGACAAGAACGACUACUUCAAGGGCUCGAAGGCCACUUGCGCGGGGCUCUUCUCCCACUCGGACCAGGCCGAGGCAGCACAGACGCUGAAGUGCCAGGUGCGGGGCUCUGGCCCGAGGGGCGUCGGGGGCCGUAUGGCAGAUUCACUGAGCCAGACCCAGGGCCUGAGCACCAUGAGCUUCUCGCUCAAGGGCCGCCAGACUUGGUCGCAGGGCAACUACGUCGGCCAGGUUGGCGUCCCCAUCACUGGCGAGGUGCCCACGCUUCUGAAUUAUACGGGGAAGAGGGAGCUCCUGAAGGAACUGACGCAGCAGGAGCUUGGGAACAUCUACUGCGAGGAGUACGCCAAGAGUGCUGGGGCGCUCGUUGACUCGAACCAAGAGCUGUAUGACCAGCUGGCAAAUGUUACGCUCAUGACCACUUGGAGCAUUCCUGAUGGCACUGCCGGGAAGCUGAUGCAGACGAUGGAGGCAGUGGCCAAACUCAUCGUGACGCGCAACGAGCGUCAAGUUGAACGAGACUUCUUCUAUGUGGAGUUGGCGGGCUUUGACACACACAACGAAAUUCACGAGGUAAUGGAUGAGAACUUCGACUACCUCAACAUCGCAUUGGAGGCCUUCGUGGCGGAGAUGAAAGCUCAAGGCUUGUUCGACGCCGUCACGAUGGUCUCCUCGUCGGAUUUUGGGCGCACGCUGACCUCGAAUGGCAAGGGGACCGACCAUGGAUGGGCCGGCAACCACUUCGUUCUGGGAGGUGCCGUUCGAGGUGGAAAGGUCCUCAACGAUUAUCCAGACAGCUUGCUUGAGGGCAACAAUCAGGACGUUGGUCGGGGGCGGUUGAUUCCCAAGUAUCCGUGGGAGAGCAUCCUUUUCCCGGUGUCGGAGUGGAUGGGUGUGAAUGCAGCAGAUCACAACACGAUUUUCCCAAAUCUUGCCAACUUUAAUUCGUCAUAUAUACUUUCAACCAGCUCGCUCUUCGACUGA